AUGUCUCACCUCUCCAAAGCCCUGGCUGGUCCAGGUUACGUGAUCCUCAACGUUCUCCGAGCCAUCAACAUAAUCACCUUUCUCGAUAUCAUCGCUGCAAGCGUGGUGAUGCUCAUCAAGAUCUCUAUCAACAACAAUUUCUUCUUCUUCGAAGCCGUCAGUCAUGCCUUUAUGACCAUAAUGGGUGUCAUCCUCGUCGUUUCCGAGCUGCCAUUCUUCGACAAAUUCUUCACGCGUUUCGUGCCUCAGCUUGGUGAAACCGCAAGUUUUGUGCCCUUGGCACUCAUCAUGAUAAUCAUGGGUGUCUCGGCGCUUGGGAACCUGAACAAUGAUGAUUACAAUGAGGACAACAUGGGCAUGCCAUUUUGGAGGAUUGUGGCAUCCGCUGGCAUCAUGGCAAUGACCAUGGGAAUUGUCAACUUCAUGGCAAGCUUCAUCUUCGCCGACUCCGAAAACUCCCUCACAGCCCGGCACGUCCGCUCCUACGGCGCCGUAGCCGACAAGGUCCUCGAUUCCAAAAGCAGCCAGCGCUCCUUCAAACUAGGUACAAGCUUUAAUAGCCAGGUGGACGGUCUACCUACAUACCGUCAGGUCAGCGUCACGCGUUCAGCGGAAUCACUCAGUAACUCACGCUUUCCAGUGACUAUCUCGAGUCCCGUGCGAGAGAAGACCGCAGCCACACCUACGGCGCCGUACGGUGAGGCGGCGGAGGUGACAAUGCCGGAUAUUGCACAUCAUCCUGCUAUGCAGGGUGGAAAUUUCGUUUGA